GUUUUACGAUUGAAAGUCACGACAGUUGUGAUGGUCGGUUAUUUUGACAUGCAACUGGUUUGUUGGGCACAUAAGUACGGCGCAAGAGCUAUCAUAAUCGGAGAAGUUGAGACAUCUGUGCUUCCUAACCAAACUGCUCAAUCACAGUGGGUACAAAAACAGUUAGAUUUUGUAGAUAAGAAUUACCUUGACGGAAUCAACUUUGAUUACGAGCGUGCAAUAUUAUAUAAUCAGACUCAACUUCGCAAUGGAUACACAGAUCUUGUAAGGGAAACAAGACAAGCUUUUCGAGAAAAGUUCCCAUCAUCUAUGAUUAGUGUUGAUGUGGCGUGGUCUCCUGCCGGAAUAGAUUCACGUUUCUAUGACUAUGUUAAACUAUCAAAAGCUUCUGACUAUUUCUUUGUUAUGGCAUACGACGAGCAAAGCCAAAUACUUGGUGAAUGUAUUGCUUAUGCCAAUAGCGGGUUGGAAAGAACAAUGUCAGGCGUUAACGAAUACUUAGAAAUUGGAAUAUCGUCUGACAAGCUCAUUCUUGGAGUGCCUUGGUACGGCUACUAUUACCCAUGCUUGACAUUAACCAAGGAUGACAAAUGCUACUUAAAGAAGGUUCCAUUUCGUGGUGUUAAUUGCAGUGAUGCAGCGGGACGUCAAUUGAAUUACUACACUAUAAUACAGCUACUAAAAAACUCUACAAGUGGACGUAUAUUUGAAAAAUCUACAAUGACACCUUACUUUAAUUACAAGAAUAUUUCAUCAGGCAUUAUGCAUCAGAUACGUUAUGACGAUCCACAAAGUUUAGGAUAUAAAUAUACGUUUGCAAUAGAUGAAAACUUACGAGGUGUAGGGAUGUGGAACACGGAGUGUGUGAAUUACACAAGCGUAAAACAUGACGACAUCAUUGCUGUUAAAGAAAUGUGGGACGCCCUACCAGAUUACGAUAAAUAACACCAGCAGUCAAUUAUGAAGUGUACUGAAAUAAUCA